AUGAAAUACUCCGCUAUACUACCAUUGGUUCCAUUGGCAAUUGCCGCACAUAACGAUGUGGUUCAACAAAAGAAUGUUUUGGCUGCUGAUGUUGCCUCAGGCGCUGCAUCUGUUGCUGAUGCUGCAACUUCAGGUGCUGCUGGUGCUGCGGGAACUGCUACUUCCGGUGCCGCCUCUAUUGCUGGCGCUGCCACUUCAGGGGGAGCUUCCGCUGCUGGUGCUGCAACUUCGGGAGGAGCUUCCGCUGCUGGUGCUGCAACUUCGGGAGGAGCUUCCGCUGCUGGUGCUGCCACCUCAGGAGCUGGCUCUGCUGGUGAUGCUUUAGAGACUGAAGGUGCUGCAGCUGAAAGUGGUCUUACUGGAGAAGAUGAUGAAACAGACACUGCUGGUGGUGCUGAAGAAACCGGUGCUGACGAGACUGGUGCUGACGAGACUGGUGCAGACGAGACUGGUGCAGAAGAGACUGAUGGUGGAUCUGGCGCAACUGAAACUGAAUCAGAUUCUGAUGAAACCGGUUCAAGUGGUGGUUUGGGAGGAGAAGAAUCAGGUGAGUCGGGCUUAGGCAUUGCUAGCACUGGAAGCCACACACAAAGUAGUGGUGGAAGCAGCAAGUCCUCUAGUUCAGGUGAGUCCUCCUCAUCAGGAUCAAGUGGUGGCUCUUCAGACUCAUCAUCUGCUAGUGCUGGUGCUAGUUAUUUGAGUGUUGGUGCUUUGGCUUACGUUGCUGCUGUUGCUUUAUUAUAG